CUUCAUUAGAAAUGAUGAUAUUAUUUUGUUUCAAUCGUAAAUUAAUUUUUAACUAGUAGUACACUAGUACGUACGUAACGAAGUUGGAUUCGCUCGGCCUCCCCAAUGGCCAAUACUAAUAGACGAAAAAGGUCACCUCAAACGCUGAGCUAGUUUUAGGAAAGAUCUAAGUAUAGUUCAAUUUUCCAACAAAUUAAACAGCCUUGCCAUAUUCCAUUGCACAUCAAGAAGCAUUCUCUACUUUACAUUCUGAUAACACAAUAUUAAUCAGCCUUUCUAAUUUGUACUAGUACUGUACUAUCUCACAACUAUGAAUUUUAUUACUUCUGGUCCUAUUUUAGACACAACUUAUAACUCCCGUAGUUAUAAAUUAUGUCUUAAAUAGGACGAAAAAAUAGUCAUAGAGAUGCGGUGUUAUUAUGGUGAACUUAUUUUGAUAAUUAAGUUUUCCUCUUUUCGAGUCAUUCAAAAGGAUAUUAGUGUUUGCUUUCAGUUACGAGGCCAGCCAAGAAAACCUUUGACAUUAAUAAAAAGUUGUUCUCGAAACAAAUGAAUGAAUUCAACAAAGAUAUGCCAUAAUACUCAAGUUUGACUCCAAAAAUGAAUUUCAUCAUUCAUGAUCCCAUCAGCUCCUCCUUGCUUGCAGGAAACAAAUUCUGAUCCCCAAAAAUUAAUUUAACAUUCCAAAAAAGAAAAAACAAAGUUUCUUUUUUAAUUUUCCCGUCAUAUAUACUGCCUGUGUGCCCCCCUGAAAAAGUCCAAAAGGAAAUAGAAAGAAAAAAAAAAAAAAAAAAAAAAACCAGGGCAGCAUCAGCAUAUUUGAGAGCCCAUAAAGUACAAUUUGCACAACAAAAUGUACAACUAGAUUAGGCAGAGAGAUAGUAGUGGUGGUACUAAAAACUUUCCGGUUUGAUUUCUCCCGGUCCGGGAAUAUAAUUAAACCGCCCAAGUCCCAAUCGUUAUUUGCUACUGGAAACUGACCAGUGGAAAUGAUGAAAAGAAAUGCACCAAACAACAAUAAAAGACCCCCUCGUAAAAAACAGGACAGCCAUUGUUUUGGGUUGAUGUAUAGAUAGAUAUGGGAAAUUGAAAGCUUUGCUGGUAAAACUGACAGUUCUGACUCUGACAUCCCCAAUGAACGGCAAAAACAGUAAAGAACCGAAACCUCCCCAACUGGAAAAUGACUAUGGAAUAGGAGCAAAACAAAUUAAACAAAUACUACUACUACUACUAAAAAGAAAAGGAAAAAGAAAAAAAAAAACAUCCCCCACCUUUAGCUGUAAAAAAUAUUGUUUUAUUUAUUUUAUUUUUUAAAAAAAGUCACAUUAAAAUAAAACACAAACCACCAUACCAGAUUAUUUGGGCUUCUAUUUAUACAAGCAAUCGGCAGAGGUAGAGAGUCAGGGCCAUUAGAGAAGGAAUGCUCUUCAUGGGAGUAUCUCCAUAGAUAGAGAUUAAUUUGUCUUCUUUUCAAACAAACCAAAUUCCUUUUUUUUUUUUUACUUGAUACAUUUAUAUAGCAAAGUUAUAAUCCAGUAGCAAAGAAAUACAAAGAGAACUUACUUCCAUUUGGUGAUUCUCUAUUUAGCCUCUUUUUGGUGUACUGAUCGUCAUAUCCAUCAUCGUCCCCAAUUAUGUGCAAUCCAAAAACCACCGCCACACUCACCGCCAUCUCCGUGAUUGAUCAUCACAAAACCCCACCAAAUUUAGAACCACCAGGUAAAGAUCCCCGAACCCAUUUCUACUUUGAUCUGUUAUCCCUCCCCACCACCUUAAAAAUCCAAGAAAGCCCAAUAGAAAUUACAGAGAACCCAUCCCAAUUCCCCCUUCCUUCCCCUGCAGAAAUCAUACAAGAAACCAAAUCCCUCUUCUCCCUUUCUUUCCCCAUAGCACUCACGGCCUUGAUUCUCUACGCCCGCUCCAUGGUUUCCAUGCUUUUUUUAGGCCAGCUUGGUGAAACACAGCUGGCUUCGGGAUCUUUAGCCAUGGCCUUUGCAAACAUAACUGGGUAUUCAGUUCUCUCUGGAUUAGCCUUAGGAAUGGAGCCCCUCUGUUCUCAGGCUUUUGGUGCUCAAAUUCCUAAGCUGCUUUCUUUAACUCUGCAAAGGGCUGUUAUAUUUCUUCUGGCUUGUUCUCUUCCAAUCACAUUCGUUUGGAUCAACAUUUCCCAUAUUCUUCUGUAUUUACACCAAGACCCCCUCAUCACGCGCUUGGCUCACACGUACCUUCUCUUUUCACUCCCUGAUCUUAUUACCAAUUCUUUUAUUCACCCCAUACGGAUUUACCUUCGGGCUCAAGGAAUUACUUACCCGCUUACCUUGGCUUCCCUGGCUGGAACCGUUUUACAUUUACCCAUUAAUUAUCUGCUGGUCAUUCGGCUCCAGCUCGGCGUGGCUGGCGUCGCGGCUGCGGCUGCUAUUUCAAAUUUGGUUGUUCUCGUGACGCUGGUUCUCUACGUGUGGGCCAGCGGCUUGCACGUGGCGACCUGGAGCAAGCCGAGCCGGGAGUGUUUAACCGGAUGGGGGCCGCUGGUUCGGCUGGCGGCUCCGAGCUGCGUUUCGGUCUGCUUGGAGUGGUGGUGGUACGAGAUCAUGAUCGUUCUGUGUGGGCUCCUGGUGGACCCUAAGGCCACUGUUGCGUCGAUGGGCGUGCUGAUCCAGACGACAGCGUUUCUCUACAUCUUCCCGUCUUCCCUCAGUUUCGCGGUGUCCACCCGGGUUGGGAACGAGCUCGGAGCGAACCGACCCGACAAGGCCCGGGUGGUCGCCAUUGUUUCGAUCAUGAUAGCGGGCCUGAUGGGCUUAUCGGCGAUGGGUUUCGCGACGUCCCUGAGGAACUUGUGGGCUCGGAUGUUCACCGAUGACAUCAGCAUCUUGCGGUUGACGUCAGCGGCGCUGCCAAUCCUGGGGCUGUGUGAGCUUGGAAACUGCCCACAAACGGUUGGGUGUGGGGUUGUCCGUGGGACCGCCCGACCUUCCACGGCAGCUAACGUGAACCUGGGCGCAUUUUAUCUGGUGGGCAUGCCCGUAGCGAUUGGGCUCGGGUUCGUAAUCGGUGUGGGCUUCUGUGGGCUUUGGUUGGGGCUGUUGUCAGCCCAGGUUUGCUGCGCUGGGCUGAUGUUGUACGUGGUGGCGACCACGGACUGGAAGUUCCAGGCCUCAAGAGCACAAUUCCUCACGUGCGCGGGGUGUGGUGAGAGUGAGACUCCAUUGCCAGGCGAAUGUGACAACGAAAAGGAGCCGUUGAUCUGUGUGAUGGUGACGUCAACUUGAUGACCCAUUAUUGACAACAAUGAGUGUAGGACCCAGUAUGUAAUAUUCAAUUUUUAUUUUUAUUUUUUUUUUCUGGGGGAAAAAAAUUUUGGGGGCCGAUUUGUUUGAAUAUCUAGAUAUUUUUCCUUUUUUUGGGAUUUAUUCUGAUGUAGCUACAUUUUUUGUGAAUCACUACUGAUCUUUUUGACUAAUUAAUGGUGGAGAGCGAUGUUCUAAUGAAAUCUUGUGGAA